AUCGUCUUCCUCUUUGGAGAGUGGGUUGUGUAGAAAACUUCGCCUGCCUGCCUAUGCAUUGGAUUUGAUUAUAUUUGUGUUUCGGUCCUCGGUAUGGACUCUCAAAAAGAGGCCCUGCAAAGAAUAAUAUCCACAUUGGCCAAUAAAAAUGAGGAGCUCCAUAACUUCAUGGAAACACUUAGUCACUCUCUGGCUGGUGUCCAGGUGAACUCCACACAAGUAGUGUCAGACCUGGAGGAGGAGUUUGAUACGUUAUUCGCCGUCCUGGUUGAGAUGAAGGAGAGCAUGACCAACACCAUCAAACAGGAGGGGGCCAAGAAGACACAGGAACUACAGCAUCAACUGACACAGAGCGGCAGUGCCUUGAAGAGUGCUGAAGAGCUGCUGAAGUUUGCCAACAAUGCUCUGGAUAUGAAAGACGAGGACGAGUUCACUAAGGCUGCCAAGCAGAUCAAAGAUAGGGUGACCAUGGCCCCAGCCUUCAGACUGACCAUGAAGCCCAAGGCCACAGACAACAUGAACCAUCUCAUGGUGGACUUCACCCAGGAACGACAACUCCUCCAGAACCUCAAGUUUCUGCCUGUCCCUCGAGCCCCAGAGAUGGAGGUAGGUGACUGUCUGGUGUCAGACAACACGGUGUCCGUAGCCUGGAAGAUGCCAGUGGAGGACAGCAAGAUAGACCACUACAUACUGGAGUACAGAAAGACCGACCACGAAGGACUGCCACGCAUCAAAGACGAACACUGCUGGGAGGUGGUGGAUAACAUCAAGACCACAGAAUACUCACUGUCAGGUUUAAAGUUUGACUCCAAGUUCAUGAACUUCCGGGUACGAGCUUGCAACAAGGCAGCAGCUGGAGAAUACUCUGAUCCAGUUACUCUGGAAACCAGAGCGUUCAACUUCGGCUUUGACUCGUCGUCGGCCCAUCUGAACCUGAAGGUAGAGGACGGGAGUGUGGAGUGGGACCCCCAGGGGGGCAAGGGGCUGGAGAACAAGGUCAAGGGCAAGGAGAACAAGGGCAGUGCUCAUCUUACCAAUCUGAAGAACAUGUCAAGAAGUGGAACUCCGUCUCCCAAGAGAACGUCAACGACGCGGUCACCUGCCAUCAGAGGAGGCAGAGACCGGUUCACUGGAGAGUCCUACACCGUGCUAGGUGAUACCAGUAUGGACUGUGGUCAACACUACUGGGAGGUGAAAGCUCUUAAAGACUGUAAGUCGUACAGCGUCGGGGUCUCCUACAGGAACCUGGGGAAGUUCGACCAGCUGGGAAAGACCAACACCACAUGGUGUAUCCACAUCAACACCUGGCUGCAGACCUCCUUCUCCGCCAAGCACAACAACAAGGCCAAGAGUCUGGACGGCGCCGCACCUGACCGCAUCGGAGUCUUCUGUGACCUGGACUCAGGACAACUGUCCUUCUACAACGCUGAAACCAAGCAGUUGAUCCACACGUUCAAGGCUAAGUUUAGCCAACCUGUUGUACCAGCCUUCAUGGUAUGGUGUGGAGGACUGAGCCUCAGUACAGGGAUGCAGGUCCCCAGUGCAGUCAAGAGUUUCCAGAAGACCGAGAACGGCCUGGGAGGAUCCAACAGCAGCCUCAACAGCAUGGCCCAGUAGCCCACACUCACUGUCUGAAACCGCACCUUAUUCCCUAUGCAGUUUCUGGUCUAAAGUAGUGCACUAUGAAGGGAAUAGGGUGCAGUUUCUGACGCAAACCAAUGAUGAACUGAACUCGCACCUCUGACUUCCUGGUUCCUUUUGCAAGUACCACCCCUUCCUGUUUCUGAUCUGUCAGUCAAACCGAGCUGCCCGCCGCAGAGGAAACACUGAGCCUUGGAGGAACAUAACCAGCCUUUAACCAAGCAGCUCCAGACCCUGAAUCAUCAAGCAUCAAGCUCUUAGGGGCAGGGCUCUCCAAGCCUGUUCCUGGAGAGCUGCCGUCCUGUAGGUUUCCUUAGGGGCAGGGCUCUCCAAGCCUGUUCCUGGAGAGCUGCCGUCCUGUAGGUUUCCUUAGGGGCACGGCUCUCCAAGCCUGUUCCUGGAGAGCUGCCGUCCUGUAGGUUUCCUUAGGGGCAGGGCUCUCCAAGCCUGUUCCUGGAGAGCUGCCGUCCUGUAGGUUUCCAUAGGGGCAGGGCUCUCCAAGCCUAGCUCUUCAGUAGCAACAAUAACCCAGCUGCAGCAUUAAGGGUUAGUGGUACCCUCUUAACCAUGUUCCAGAUCUCUUAGGGGAUGGAACACCCAUAGGAUUCUCAUUCUGUAUCAGGAAUGCUAGACGUUUAAUCAGGGAAUAGACGAGUGCACUUUUGUUCUUUUUUUUUUAGUUAGAAUGCUGAGUUUUAAAUCAUUCUGUCUCUCUCUCUGAAGUGUGAAGGUGUGUUUUGGCAUGACGAGAAACCCUGUUGAUUACUUACCAGCUCUAUAUUGACUCCUAUAUUUCUGUGUGUGUGUGUUUUUAUGUUGUGUAUGACCAUGGCAGUGUCAGUGAAUGGAUUAGAACCCCUUCCUCUCUCGUAGAGGCUUCGUUUUGGUUUGAACCCCCCGAACAAUAUCUUGUCAGAACAAAAAACUGCAGGUUUGCACAAAAAAAAAAUACAGUACGUGAAAGUAGGGUUGACUUAAAUGAUGGAGGACUGUUGCAACAGGGCAUGAUACUGUAUGAUGUAGUUCUGAUGUUUUCUUAUUCUGCUGACAUGUUCUGUUAGUCGUUGGACCAGGCUGAGUGCAGGCGUCCCAAAUCACACUCUAUUAGCUAUAUAUAGCGCACAACUUUAGACCAGAGCCCUACGCGCCCACUAUAUAAAGACUAGGGUGGCAAUUGGGAUUCAGCCUGUCAACCUGGACGUCGGAGCGUGUUUGAUCUGUGUCAUCGGGAAUUGUGUGUUCUUAUUCAUGUCUUCUGCUUCCCCAAAUGGUACCCUAUUCCCUUGAUAGUGCACUAGUGCCCUAGGGAAAAGGGUGGCAUUAAGGACACUUCUAUUACUGUACCCCUUUAUAAAGUGUUUAGAAUUUCAUCUCAUGACUCAUGGCUUCACAAACGCAAAACGGCAGUUCUUAAAUGAGGUACCUUUUUUGAAAAGGGUGAUAUACAGUGUGAAAAAUGUAUGCGCUCACUAACUGUAAGUCGCUCUGGAUAAGAGCGUCUGCUAAAUGACAAAAAAAUUU